UGUGGGACGCCUGUUGAGCACUCCUGCCCCGCUGGCCAGCAGAAGGAGGAAGCCAGGCUGCCCGCUGGAGCGUGUGGGGGGAAGCCGAGUUUACUGUUGAGGGGGAGGAGGAGGAGAGCGGUAGCUGAAAAGUGUGGAAAAUUGAGCUCCCCCCCCAAUUGGGUGUGUCAGGGGAGCCAAAUUAACAGCCCCUCGGGUCGGACCAAGCUAGGGUUUGCACAUGCAGGAAGCCGAGUCCCCCCGCCCGUUCCAGCAGGCUGAGGGCCGCGCGUGCAGGAAGCCGAGUCUCCCCCGCCCGUUCCAGCAGGCUGAGGGCCGCGCGUGCGGGGAGCCGAGUCCCCCCCGCCCGUUCCAGCAGGCUGAGGGCCGCGCGUGCACGGAGCCGAGUCUCCCCCGCCCGUUCCAGCAGGCUGAGGGCGGCGCGUGCAGGGAGCCGAGUCUCCCCCGCCCGUUCCAGCAGGCUGAGGGCCGCGCGUGCACGGAGCCGAGUCCCCCCCGCCCGUUCCAGCAGGCUGAGGGCGGCGCGUGCAGGGAGCCGCAUCUGUCCACCACGUAAGCGCCCCCCCGGUGUAGCAGGUGUCAGAGGGGAGCUGCAGCGGGCCUCCAGCGAAGUUAAUCAGAAACCGCAGCCGAGCUCCCGAGGCGAUGCGACCCCUCUUGCUCUGGGCGUUGCUGCCUCAGGCGAACUCUGUAUUGGGCCUGGAUUAGUCCCGCCCCGUCUGUGGCCGCGUGCCCUGGGCCCGCCCCGGGGGAGAGCGCGGAGGGGUGGCUCUUGCUGCAGUCACGCCCGGUGCUUCCGCCUGUCCCCCCGCUGCUCCGGCCGGUCACGCUGCUGCAGGUCGGCGCCGGUACUCUCGGUCCGGGCGCUUCCCCGCCGGACCGGGGGAUUGGCUGUGCGACCGCUUCGUCCCAGAAUGCCCCGCAUGGCGCGUCAUUGAAGAGAGACCAUGAUGGCGGCGGCCGUGGCUGCGGGGGGGGCUCCUGAGGUGAUCGCCCAGCUGGAGAACGCGGCCAAAGUGCUCAUGCAAAGAACUAAUUAUCCAGAGACAGAGAGAAUGAGCAGUAAAAGAGCUAUAUUUCUACAUCUGAUCUUAAAGCUAUCAGCUGUCUCCAGCCCCUCAACCCUGACCAUCAUACAUUGGUUUUGCAAAUGGCUCUGCAGAACUGUGGCUGCUAUUCCAACCCUUAGACUCCUAUACCAUUGCCUUCAGGCUAAGGCACCACCUUCCAUGGUCAAUAAUGAACAACGCCAGCAUGCCGAGCACAUAUUCUUAUCAUUUAGAAAAUCAAAAUCACCAUUUGCUGUUUGCAAGCAUAUUUUGGAAACUAGUAAAGUGGACUAUGUCCUUUUUCAAGCUGCCACAGCAAUAAUGGAAGCAGUUGUGCGAGAAUGGAUUCUCUUGGAAAAAAGUAGCAUCGAGUCACUGCGAACAUUCCUUUUAACUUAUGUCUUACAAAGGCCUAACCUUCAAAAGUAUGUUCGGGAGCAGAUUCUAUUAGCAGUAGCAGUAAUAGUGAAACGAGGAUCAUUAGACAAAUCAAUUGACUGCAAGAGCAUUUUCCAUGAAGUCAGCCAGUUGAUAAGCAGUGGUAACCCCACUGUGCAAACUUUGGCCUGUUCCAUUUUAACGGCUUUGUUGAGCGAGUUCUCAAGUUCAAGUAAAACCAGCAACAUUGGACUAAGCAUGGAGUUCCAUGGUAACUGCAAACGAAUAUUUCAGGAAGAUGACCUUCGGCAGAUCUUCAUGCUAACAGUGGAGGUACUACAGGAAUUCAGCAGACGUGAAAACCUCAAUGCUCAGAUGUCUUCAGUGUUUCAGCGUUAUCUUGCACUAGCCAAUCAGGUCUUAAGCUGGAACUUUCUUCCUCCAAAUUUGGGCAGACAUUAUAUAGCUAUGUUUGAAUCCUCACAAAAUGUGAUGCUAAAGCCAACAGAGUUGUGGCGUGAAACCCUCCUGGACAUCAGAGUUAUGGAGCUUUUCUUUACAGUACAUCGAAAAAUCAGAGAGGAUACAGAUAUGGCACAAGACUCUCUACAGUGCCUAGCACAGCUAGCUUCUCUGCAUGGGCCAGUCUUUCCUGAUGAAGGUUCACAAGUUGAUUAUCUGGCACAUUUCAUUGAGGGAUUACUGAAUACUGUCAAUGGAAUUGAAAUAGAGGACUCUGAAGCAAUGGGAAUCUCCAGUGUUUUCAGCAACCUGAUAACUGUGUUUCCUCGCAAUGUUUUAACUGCCAUUCCAAAUGAACUUUUCUCUUCGUUUGUUAACUGCCUCACACACCUCACCUGUUCUUUUGGGAGAAGUGCUGCACUGGAAGAAGUGCUUGACAAAGAUGACAUGGUAUACAUGGAGGCAUAUGAUAAAUUGCUGGAAUCCUGGCUUACCUUGGUACAAGAUGACAAACAUUUCCACAAAGGCUUCUUUACGCAACAUGCUGUUCAGGUUUUUAAUUCUUAUAUUCAGUGCCACCUAGCUGCUCCUGAUGGUACAAGGAACUUGACUGCCAAUGGUGUAGCCUCUCGGGAGGAAGAAGAAAUAAGCGAACUGCAGGAAGAUGAUAGAGACCAGUUCUCUGACCAGCUGGCCAGUGUAGGCAUGCUAGGAAGAAUUGCUGCAGAACACUGUAUACCUCUUCUUACAAGUUUAUUAGAAGACAGAGUGACAAGGCUCCAUGGUCAGUUGCAAAGACAUCAGCAGCAGUUACUUGCCUCACCAGGAUCAGGGUCAAUUGACAAUAAAGUGCUUGAUGACCUGUAUGAGGAUAUUCAUUGGCUUAUUUUAGUCACAGGCUACCUCUUAGCUAAUGAUACUCAGGGAGAGACUCCACUAAUACCUCCAGAAGUAAUGGAAUAUUCCAUUAAGCAUUCAACUGAGGUUGACAUCAAUACAACACUUCAGAUCCUGGGAUCUCCAGGAGAAAAGGCCUCUUCCAUCCCAGGAUACAACAGAACUGAUUCUGUAAUUAGGUUAUUAUCUGCUAUUCUAAGAGUUUCAGAAGUAGAAUCUCGAGCAAUAAGGGCGGAUCUAACACACCUUCUGAGUCCACAAAUGGGAAAAGAUAUUGUAUGGUUUCUUAAGCGUUGGGCAAAAACCUAUCUCCUAGUGGAUGAAAAACUGUAUGACCAGAUAAGUCUACCAUUUAAUACAGCAUUUGGUGCAGACACAGAGGGUUCCCAGUGGAUUGUGGGUUACCUCUUAGAAAAAGUAAUCAGUAACCUGGCAGUAUGGAGUUCUGAGCAGGACCUUGCAAAUGACACUGUUCAGUUGCUAGUAACAUUAGUGGAAAGGAGAGAGAGGGCAAAUUUAGUAAUUCAGUGUGAGAAUUGGUGGAAUUUAGCUAAGCAGUUUGCAAGGCGAAGCCCACCUCUUCACUUUUUGUCCAGUUCUGUGCAGAGAACACUAAUGAAAGCUCUAGUUUUAGGAGGUUUUGCUCAUAUGGACACAGAUACAAAACAGCAAUACUGGACAGAGGUUCUUCAGCCACUUCAACAGCGAUUUUUGAAUGUGAUAAACCAAGAAAACUUUCAACAGAUCUGUCAAGAGGAGGAGGUGAAACAAGAAAUCACUGCCACACUAGAAGCACUUUGUGGCAUUGCUGAGGCUACCCAAAUAGAUAAUGUAGCAAUCCUCUUUAACUUUCUGAUGGACUUCCUUACCAAUUGCAUUGGAUUAAUGGAGGUGUACAAAAACACACCAGAGACUGUUAACCUCAUAAUAGAAGUUUUUGUUGAAGUUGCACAUAAACAAAUAUGCUAUCUCGGAGAGUCCAAAGCCAUGAAUUUGUAUGAAGCCUGCCUGACUCUACUUCAAGUAUAUUCCAAGAAUAAUUUAGGUCGGCAGCGAAUAGAUGUUACAGCAGAAGAGGACCAAUACCAGGAUCUUCUUCUUAUUAUGGAGCUUCUUACUAAUCUUCUGUCAAAAGAAUUUAUAGAUUUCAGUGAUACAGAUGAAGUAUUUAGAGGACAUGAGCCAGGACAAGCUGCAAAUAGAUCUGUGUCAGCAGCAGAUGUAGUCUUAUAUGGGGUUAAUCUAGUUCUGCCAUUAAUGUCACAGGAUCUACUGAAAUUUCCAUCUCUGUGUAAUCAGUACUACAAAUUAAUCACCUUCAUCUGUGAGAUAUUUCCUGAGAAAAUUCCUCAGCUUCCAGAAGACCUUUUCAAGAGCCUAAUGUACUCAUUGGAGUUAGGGAUGUCAUCGAUGAGUUCUGAGGUUUGCCAAUUGUGUCUGGAAGCUUUAACACCAUUAGCAGAACAAUGUGCAAAAGCACAAGAAACAGACUCAUCGCUAUUUCUAGCAACAAGGCACUUUCUUAAGAUGGUCUUUGAUAUGCUGGUACUACAAAAGCACAAUACAGAGAUGACAACUGCAGCAGGUGAAGCAUUCUACACAUUAGUGUGUUUGCAUCAGGCUGAAUAUUCAGAACUAGUUGAAACAUUACUAUCAAGUCAGCAAGAUCCAGUCAUUUACCAGCGGUUAGCAGAUGCAUUUAACAAGCUUACUGCAAGCAGCACUCCUCCUUCACUGGACCGUAAGCAGAAGAUGGCCUUCCUAAAGAGUUUAGAAGAAUUUAUGGCAAAUGUUGGUGGACUCCUCUGUGUAAAAUAAACAACAACAAAACUCUAUGCCUAAUUUAGACCCUUUCUGCAAAAUGCACUGAGAAAUGCUGAAAGCUGACUAAACCUUGUACCUGUUUCUGGGUUCUUUGCAGCCAUCUCAGAUUUUAGAGAGCCUGGAAGUUUGAUAUAACACAGUUGAAUAGGAGAGGUCAACUUUGAAUCAGCUUCUGCUAUUGUGUUAGUCACAAUCUGUCAUACUUGUAUGUUGUAGAGAAUGAACAACAAAUUGAAAUUUAAAAGAAAAUUCCAUAUAUGUGCAAACAGAUAUGGGCACAGUGAAAAAUAGUGCCUUUUCCCCCAUUAGCUUAAAACAUAAGUGGCUGGACAAACUUUUACAGAUUUUUUUUUUCUGAAAACCAUAUUAGAGUAUGAUGUAGACACAUACAAAACUGUAAACAGUGUAGCUGAUUGAAGCUUUAUUUUUUCUCUCUGAAGACUGAGUUUAUGAUCCAAGGGAAAAACACCAAAUGGUAUUUUUUAACGUGUGUUUAGUUUUGCUUUUCUACAUCACCUGAUGUUGCAUGUUUUAUGUAAUACAGGUUUCUACAUUAUAUUCUGCUGCCUAAAGUUCAGAAGGAAGAAGGUGUAUAUUUUUGUUCCCCUAAAAUGAACUUUAGGAACUGUAGCCAUUUCAUUGCCUUAAUUUAAAACAAACAAAAAAAAGUGAUAUACUUUAGACAAGAAAUAUUAGGCAACAUUUGAGUCUUCAGAGUUGGUUCAGGAUGUUGGCAUUAAGCUGCUGUGUACCUGUUGCAGCCCUUUGUGUUGACAUGUGUUAUGUUGGGGUGUGAGUCUAAUGCAAUGUUCAUGUGUAGUUUUACUUUCAGUAUCUUUUUAAUCCACAUCCAAGUCGCGCACAGCUGCAACAUAUUUCUACACUGAACUGUUUGCUUAAGCAAUAACAAUUCAAAGGGUGUAAAUUAUUGAUUUAUACAAACUGUUUUUAAGUUGGGGCAUUAGAUAAAAUAAUUAUGCUAGACUAGGGGUUUCAAACUCUAUUUUACCCAAGGGCCAUAUACAUUUGAUUCAAGGGUUGGAAAGAUAAUUAGGAUUUGUGGUGGUUUUUUUUUUCCCACCACCACCUCCAUAUUUGUUGUGCUCUCCUCUGCUCUUGCUCAGUUUUGUAUGUCAGCACUUGAGCAGUUAAGGAUGUACAUACGUUUCAUCCUGCCAACUGAUAGACAGAUAUAGUGGAACAACAAGGGAGAGUAACACAAGAAUACGGAAGUAAGGCAUACUUUGCCAGUAGUCAUAAACCUGACAAAACUGAGGCAAAUGCACAUUCUGCAUGCCAGAUAAAAUUGCUUUUUGUGAGGGGUGUGGGUGGGUGGGGAAGAAUUUGGCCCUUGGGCUUGCGCUUGAUACCUCUGCUAAAUUGUGCUGUUGAAUGUUUUCCAUGUGGUUUUUACAUUUAUAUAAAAUGUACAGUAUAUACACCUUUACAGUGCUGUGUAUAGCAUCAUGUUUGCAACUCUGUGCCAUCCUUCAGCUGUUCAUCUCAAAACCAAUCAUAUUACCCACUGUGCUAGUCAUAGUGAUUCAGGACAUACUUUUUGAGUUAAAUUCAUGCAUGUAACCAUAUGAAUGGAAUACAAGGGCAGAAAGUGCCAUCUUUUCAACAGAA